AUGGAGGACCCAGCGCCCAAGCGGCGCAGAACAUCACCGCGUAGCUCGGUGCCAGUUCCAUCCGAUGAACCUUCCCAAGCUCCCCCAACACAGCAACCGAACCAGACCACCCCAGAGGACACACCUGCCCCAGACUCCUCUAAAGUUACUUCCGCAAAGCGUCCAUCCUAUGCAUCCCCGACAAGAGCAAGCCUUCAAAGGCACAAUCCGGAAGUACUACAACGACGAGAGAGCAUAAGUCUAGCUCUCAGAUCCCAACCCGAGUCGCGCGACGACAAUCCACUCCGAUCUCCCGCCCGACGACUUGGAAUCGUCCGAAGUCUAGAAAGACCGAACCCGCGCCCUCUUCCGCCACCCGCUCCCGAAGAUGAGGAGGUAAUCCUGAACCCUUUCCGCGGUCGAGGGCUGAAGCGAUCACCCGUCCCCGGGGUUCUGCCCAAAGUAAUCGUUCCCGAACCCGACCUUCCGCCGACACCAGAACAUCCUGAUCCAGUUGUCAGCACCCCGCCUUCCGGUAUACACAAUACCCCGUCUAAGAGACCGAAGCGCAGCAAAGCACUGGCCGAGACACUUAGGAGCUCCUCGCCUACUAAGCGUGCGCCCGUUGUCAUGUCGGCCAAGGCAGCGCAACUUGUUCCAGGAAAGCCUUCCAAAGAAUCGGCGCUGAUCCCAACAACCGAGCUUCCUUCUGAUACUCAAGAGCCGACAACGGCCGAGUUACGCGGCCUACAACCACCGGAUCCGGAUGCAGACAAGAAGCGGUUGCGCGACUCUCUUCUCGCCGAGAUCGCUGAGUUGGAGCGCGACCUAGCCGUCGCAACCAGGGAAAACGAGCGCCUCCGACAAGCACACAUAUCCAAACAGAAACCAUCAGCACCAACGAACGCAAUCGAAAUCCUCGACCUCCUCCGCCGACGAGUCCUACUGCCCAAGGAACAAAAAGACCCCGACCCGUCCGCCGCAGCAACAUCAUGGCUCUCCUCUGCUCUCCACCCCAUCGCCUUCCUCCCCUUCAGCAAAUUUCCCUCGACAGGUGACGAUCUCCCCUCACUAUUUACCACUACAGCCGACGACGAGAAAGCCUCGGAGAAACCGCCAAUAUCCCACCACCCUUUGCCAAUGACAGCCGACGAAGCGCUCCCUUACCUCCAAGUCUUCACGCCAUUGACUUUCACCUCGGCCAUCUUCCCGCUUCCCCCGUCUUCCUCGGAAUCGGAGUCGGAACCAUCACCCAACAAGGAAGAGCCACUACUCCAAAGACACCACAUAAUAGCCACCACGCCCUCCAAAUCCUUCACCGCCCGCCUCGAGCUCACCACCAACACCAACACCUACGCCAUCACCAACCUCUCCGUGCCAUUAAUCCAUCCGCCAACCGCAGCCGCCGAACUCGCCCCCCUGAUUGAACGCAUCGUUAAACAACCGAAAGAAAAAGAAGAAACGAGUUCAGCACUGCACAACAACGUCAGCGUGCUCUGCUGGGCAAUGGGCGAGUGGGUGCGUGUAGCCAAGGAACGAGCUCGAACUUGGUGCAUUUUGGAAAAGGAACUCUGUGGAGAAGAGAAGGAAGCAACGGUGAGAAAUAUGGUGGUGGGGUGGAGGGAGAGAAGCAAGAUUCGACAGAAGAAGAGGAGGAUGGGGACAAAGAGGAAAAAGGUACCGCUUCGUCGAGAUGGUGAUGAUGAGGAUGGACAAGAUAAGGAGGACGAGGACGACGAGGACCACGAGGAAGAGGAGUAUGAAGAACAAGAUGGCAAGAAAGCACCAGAAGCGGAACUGGUGCCGUACAUGACCAGGACGAGUGUGGAUUAUGAUAUACCAUUGCUACUAGGUCCGGGACCGAAUGGUGACGACAGUGGGGAUCAAAAGUCUUCGCUGAGGGUGCAGUGGAAGAUUGAAUUCGACUGGACAGGCGAGGCGAGGAGCGAUAUCAGGGUUUUUGUGGCGGUGCCGGGGAAGUGGCAUAAAUACGACGAGCGCGAACAACUAGCCAAGAUCCCAGCACUAUUCGACGAGCUCAUCCAUGGCGGCGAAGAGCCGUUGAAUGCUGUCAGGACUGUUGCGGCUUUGUUGGCUGGUGAGCCACAACAGCCGCAGAGAUGA